AGCAGAGACAAUUCUCGCUGCCCGCCGCUUCUCUUCAUCGCUCCUGUCAGGCAGACGUCCAUGCCCGCCUUGUGAAGCCACCCUGCCGGCAGUGGAAUGAGUUUUAUCAAGUGGAGACGGAGUGUGAAAGGAAAAGACAGUAAAAAGGAUGGUGUGCAAGACGUCCCUGAUGGCGCGCACCCCCAGAGCGGGUUAUCACUCAUAAACACUCCACAAUUGGAUCCCAUCUUUAGUAACUUCAGGUUGCACUUGCAAGACAACAAAGAUGCCCAGCAAAAGACUAACCCUUCCAACGGGUGCUCGAAGUCGGACCUGUCACUGGAUCUGGAAGACUGCAUGGGUGCCCUGGAUCUGUUCCUCCAAAAUGACUUUGAAGAUGCGCAGGCCCGCCUCAGGCCCCGAAUCAAAGACAGUAUGUACCAUGCGCUGACCUACGCCACCAUCCUAGAAAUGCAGGCCAUGAUGACCUUCGAACCCCAACACAUCAUGGAGGCAGGUAACACCAUGAAGGAGGCCCAGGCUGUUUGUCAACGGCACCGCAAGAAGUCCAGUUUUUCCAAGAACUUCACAGAAGACGAGCUCCAUGCUGAAGUCUGUUAUGCUGAGUGCCUCCUGCAGAGGGCAGCGCUCACCUUUCUGCAGGAUGAAAGUAUGAUCAGUUUCAUCAAAGGAGGAAUCAAAGUGAGGAAUAGCUACCAGACGUACAAAGAUCUUCACAGAGUCCUCCAUUCCACUGGGUAUAGUCAUGGCGACAAUCAUGGUCAUUUUGAGGGCGGAGUCAAAUUGGGAGUAGGCGCCUUUAAUCUGAUGAUCUCCAUGUUGCCUACACGAACGCUCAAGCUGCUAGAGUUUGUGGGCUUCUCUGGUAAUAAGGAGUUUGGCCUCCAGCAGCUACAGGAGGGCUCUGCAGACAGUACUUUCAGGUCCUUCUUAUGUAACAUGCUGCUGCUUUGUUAUCACACUUUCAUGAGCUUCAUACUAGGUACUGGGGAAGGAGAUGUAGAAGAUGCAGAAAAACUGCUGCAGCCUUUUCUGAAGAAAUACCCCAAGGGAUCCAUCUUCUUGUUCUUUGCUGGUCGAAUUGAGGAGAUCAGAGGCAAUCUGGACGCUGCUAUCAAGCGUUUUGAGGAAUGUUGUGAGGCUCAGCAGCAGUGGAAGCAGUUCCAUCACAUGUGCUACUGGGAGCUGAUGUGGUGCUUCACAUAUCAGAGGCACUGGAAGAUGGCCUACUUUUAUGCUGACCUACUUAGCAAAGAGAACUCCUGGUCCAAGGCCACCUAUGCAUAUAUGAAAGCAGCCUACCUCAGCAUGCUAACAGAGGAUGAUUGUUUAACCUUCGGUGAGACUGCGCUCACUUUGUUCAGGCAAGUACAUGGGCUGAAGCAAAAAAUUGCCGGCAAGUCUUUACCAACAGAGAAGUUUGCCAUCAGGAAGGCUCGUCGCUACCUAACAGAAAGUCCAAUUCCUCUUCCUGUUCCUCCACUUGAGAUGAUGUACAUUUGGAACGGCUAUACGAUCAUAGGCAAACACAAAGAUCUGACUGAAAAAAUGCUGAAAACGCUGGACGAGGCACAAGCGAAACUGGACAACAUGAAACGGACUGAGUUUUCCUUUGAUGACCAGUGUUUGCUGAGCCUCCUGAAGGGACUAUGUCUCAAACAUCUGGGACACCACGAGGAGGCUGAACAUUACUUUACGCUUGUACUUUGCAAUGAGACACAGAUCAAAUUUGACCACUACCUGGUUCCCAAUGCAAUGCUGGAGCACAGCCUGUUGUGUCUAGAGCAAGGUCGAAAUGAUGAAGCUGUAAAACUACUAGAAGCAGCAAAGCAAAAUUACAAAAACUACUCCAUGGAAUCUCGGACUCACUUCCGAAUCCAAGCAGCCCUACACAAAGCCAGGAGUGCGAGUCAAAAUGGAGUCCACGUGCCCUCAAGUCCAUAACAGGUGCACAAGUGCUGAGACAGCUUCCUGCAUCUGCACUCACACACUGCACCACUCUGCUUUACCUUACCUUUUUUAGUUAAGUAGGUGGGAAGAGGAAUACUUGAUAUUUAUUUUUUCCCAUUGUGUGUUUGUUUUUUACUGGUAACUACUGCUGAUGGCGUGCCCUUGUGGCACUGAUGGCAAUCAUAAGGCAUGACGUUUCCUCUUUUUCCAAACAUGCAUUCACUUCCUCAAUUUAUUUGAAAUUGAAGCAAGUCCACACAUGUAAUUCAAAUUAAAACGUCACAGUUGCACUGAAGUCAUCCAUGAAGGCACGGUGAAGUAGCAAAGAGGGUCUCCACUGAUAAAAAGUUAGGAUAUAUAAUUUUAAAAUUUGAUUUUGAGACUGGUUAUGAUCUAAAUUAUAUUUUAGCUAAUGUUUACCUUUAGAAUUAUUAUUUCCAGUAUAUUGGAUUAGUAUUCAUUGUUUAUUACCAAUUUGCAUUCCAAAUGUCUUCCCUCCGCUGAAAUGUAUUUAAAACACGCACAGAUCUGUUUCAUUGUGUCAGUUCUGACAAUCCCACAUGCCUUUUAAACUCAUCCCAACUCUCCAGAGCUCAGUGUGUGAGUUAUUUACAUUUAUAUACUGUAAAUGGCACAUUUGAUUCAAAUUAUACUCUUAUAAGAUGACCGAUGAAUAUGUAUUUUAAAAAGGCAGCCUUCCUUUGUCUUGUUGGACAGAACUUGAGAACCUCGAACAAAUAGGCUAUUCAUGCCAAGCAGUCAGAGGACUGUGUGUUUGUCCACCUGUUGCAUCUUUAGGGAGGAUAGAUGCUUCAAAAGUACACAAAACCACUGCUGGCACCGGUUUUGUGUAUUUGGGAUCCCCAUAAGUCCCAAAAAUGUAAAAUCAAACCAUGGAGGCAUGGUGAAGAUAUUUACAAAACAAUCUUGCCUUCCACCAAACUUGCUCCAAACAAGAUGUUUGGAAUUUGAGACGUUGGUGGUGUAUUUUGCAAACAUCUCUAUAUAUUUGCGAAUCCGCCAUUUUUCUCUAGUUGUAGUCCAACGUUGUAGUCAAUUCGUUUCUUCUGUUUCCCUGGGGCAGAAUGGCUCGUACAUGUGCAUGCAUAAAGUAGCGUAUAUUUCUAACAUAGGGGUGCCCAUUACGAUGAGCUACCGGUCGAUCGCGGAGGGUGUGUCAAGUCGAUCGGCAGCCGGGCAUUAAAAAAAUAGACCUAAAAAUUUGCCGUCGUCAAUCUUCACUAUGACGUCACUUUGGUCACUUGAUUGACAUUCACGGCACCUGAGGGUCUUGUGAGAUGACGCUGGCUGCUGCGAGAUUAUUAUUAAGAAAAAAUGACCGACAGGAAGGCGAGAAACACUUUUUAUUUCAACAGACUUUUGCACCGUACCUGCCGUCAAAACUCUAAAGACCGACUGCACAGUUCCCACCUUCACAAUAAAAGCGCUGCUUCAUCCUGCCUGCGCUAAUAAAAUAAGAGUCUCGGAAAGCUAGCGUACACAAGCUAGCAAGCUACAGACUUUGCCGUCAACGUAUUUCUUGUAAUGUGUUUAAAAACGAGUAUGGAAGCUGGACAAUUAAGAUGCCAAAAACCAACCACUUUCAUGUGAAAUUGGACAGAAAGGAGUACUUUUCUUUCCCUCCAUUUGAAAAUGUGGACGUUCUCAGCACUACUGUCUGAUUCCAAUCAAUGCAAGUCAUCAGAAUCAGGUAAUACACCAACUUAUAUUCUUGUCUUCAUUAAAGAUAGGAAUCUAUAUGUGUUAAUGGCCUACUGAAAUGCGAUUUUCUUAUUUAAACGGGGAUAGCAGGUCCAUUCUAUGUGUCAUACUUGAUCAUUUCGCGAUAUUGCCAUAUUUUUGCUGAAAGGAUUUAGUAGAGAACAUCGAUGAUAAAGUUCGCAACUUUUGGUCGCUGAUAAAAAACCUUGCCUGUACCGGAAGUAGCAGACGAGUAGCGUGACGUCACAGGUUGUGGAGCUCCUCACAGCUGCACAUUGUUUACAAUCAUGGCCACCAGCAGCGAGAGCGAUUCGGAACGAGAAAGCGACGAUUUCCCCAUUAAUUUGAGCGAGGAUGAAAGAUUUGUGGAUGAGGAAAGUGAGAGUGAAGGACUAGAGGGCAGUGGGAGCGAUUCAGAUAGGGAAGAUGCUGUGAGAGGCGGGUGGGACCUGAUAUUCAGCUGGGAAUGACUAAAACAGUAAAUAAACACAAGACAUAUAUAUACUCUAUUAGCCACAACACAACCAGGCUUAUAUUUAAUCUGCCACAAAUUAAUACCGCAUAACAAACACCUCCCCCCUCCGGUCCAUAUAACCUGCCAAUAUUACUCAAACACCUGCACAACACACUCAAUCCCACAGCCCAAAGUACCGUUCACCUCCCCAAAGUUCAUACAGCACAUAUAAUUCCCCAAAGUCCCCAAAGUUACGUACGUGACAUGCACAUAGCGGCACGCACGUACGGGCAAGCGAUCAAAUGUUUGGAAGCCGCAACUGCAUGCGUACUCACGGUACCGCGUCUGCGCAUCCAACUCAAAGUCCUCCUGGUAAGAGUCUCUGUUGUCCCAGUUCUCCACAGGCCAAUGGUAAAGCUUGACUGUCAUCUUCCGGGAAUGUAAACAAUGAAACACCGGCUGUGUUUGUGUUGCUGCAGUCGGCCGCAAUACACCGCUUCCCACCUACAGCUUUCUUCUUUGCUGUCUCCAUUGUUCAUUGAACAAAUUGCAAAAUAUUCACCAACACAGAUGUCCAGAAUACUGUGGAAUUUUGCGAUGAAAACAGACGACUUAAUAGCUGGCCACCAUGCUGUCCCAAAAUGUCCUCUACAAUCCGUGACGUCACGCGCUGACGUCAUCAUACUGAGACGUUUUCAGCAGGAUAUUUCGCGCAAAAUUUAAAAUUGCACUUUAGUAAGCUAACCCGGCCGUAUUGGCAUGUGUUGCAAUGUUAAGAUUUCAUCAUUGAUAAAUAAACUAUCAGACUGCGUGGUCGGUAGUAGUGGGUUUCAGUAGGCCUUUAAACAUGCUUGUAUUAUCUAAACACCUUUAACUUGUUAACAAAAACGUCUCUUUCAUAAAUAAAUAAAUAUAAUUUUAUGUAUGAAUGAGGUAGAUCCCCUCGACUUGGUCAAUUGAAAAGUAGCGCGCCUGCAGAAAAAGUGUGGGCACCCCUGUACGAACUUAUAUCUGUCAGUAGACUUGAUAUGGAAGUGCUAAAAACUACAACAUGGCUGACAGGGAGAAGUCACAGUCAAAAACGGCUUGGCCUGGAGCAGGACUUCGGCACGUAAAUAAGACGGCCCACAAAACGGCGCAUUCUGUAGACAAAUUCAGGAAACGGCUUGAAAUCUAUGCAAAAUUUUGACCAAAGCACCACCAUUACAUUUUAUUUACCAUGAAUUGAUUAACGUGGACCCCGACUUAAACAAGUUGAAAAACGUAUUCGGGUGUUGCCAUUUAGUGGUCAAUUGUACAGAAUAUGUACUGUACUGUGCAAUCUACUAAUAAAAGUUUCAAUCAAUCAAUCAAUCAAUCAAUGUAGGCUACAAUUAAGUGAUUUAAAUGUAGAACCCCUGUGAAACCUCCAGUGCUGCUCCUGUAUCAGCCAUGCAUGAUUACAACCUCCUGUAAGAUGGACUUAAUAAUGAACUCAUAAUUGGCGCUCACGUGAAACUAAACGAACACUGCACAGAGAGAGGAAGACGACGUUAAUAAUAAUGGUUGCAAACCAAAAACUAUUCAUUUAUUCAUGAUUAGACUGAGGUUUCGUGUCCACAAUGAUAUUCCUUGUUACAAACGUAUCUUAACAGCUUAUUUUAAAAAUGUCUUUAAAAACGUAUAUUUUAUUGUCUACAAUUCAUACUGUAUUUUUGCUUUAGGUUCCACUUGGUCAUUUUAACAUUAUUUUUUGUGGCAUUAAAAUGUUAGCAAUAAGCAAUACUGUAAUGACAAGGCUACCACAGAGCCUAGUGACAUUCCUGUAUAUACUGAAUGUUUUUAUUCUUACUUCAAAUAGAAGUAUGAAAGCACAUGUUAUUGUCUUUUUGCCAUAGGCUACAGAGUUAUUUACAGCAAGAGUUUUCAAUAUGAGAUGCCCAAAUAAAUAAACCCUGUUCACACUGCCUGUCUGUUUGAUUUUUGAUGUAUUUUAUUUUCAUGGCAACGUGAAUGACACAAUUCCAAACUUUUCACAUCCGACCCAAGCCUCGUAUAUAUCUGGAUAAAAAUCAGAUAAGUAUCCAGUGUGACUGCAGUCUGAACAAAUGGGUAGCAUUCAUCCAACUUAAGCGUCAUCAAAAAGCGAUAAGCGUCAUAGUGUAUAUCAGUGACGUGCUAUCAGGGGAGGCAAGUGAGGCAGUGCCUCACCUUGCCAAAAGGGGGGUAAAAGGCUUAAUGAGAUGUUCAGAAACGAAGUGAUAGAAUAAAAUAGGUUUUAAUAUUUCUCUUUUGGUCUAUGCUUUCUAUGUGAUUUUUGGUGUGGUUCCUGUAUAUAUUUGAUCAUUUUCAUGGUCAAAAUCGCGGAAAUUCCGUGUUUCCUGAUCGAAAUAACAAGGCAGACGACAAGUGAGGCAGACACAGGUGGUGCCUCCACAGCUACACACAAAGUGUAUUGAGCGUGUGUGUGCGAGGGGGUGCUUACUUAUUGCCACGGGCAAAAGGCAGGCCAUGAGGCAGCAAGUACCUCUGCCUGAAAGUAGGGGGCGAUAUAUUGUCAACUUGCAGUUCAAUGCCUCAGCAGUACUCUGACUCGCCACACUGGGAGAAGUGGGCGCGCUUUUUUUUUUUUAAACUGUAUUUAUAACAAACAUGGCAUUUUUUAUCAGAGUAAGCCAGCGUUU